UGUAAUGAUAUUAUACAAAAAAAAUUCUUGAUGAACAUUUUAAUUUGUGCAAAGUCCUAGCAGUUAUACAAGAGGAAUGGAGACAUUUUUCUAGCAGAUUAUUGGAUGACGGUCUAAUUGAGUGGAGUUGAAGAUGGUGAAAUGAGAGACUGUGUUUAUAGCAUGUCAUCUCUCGGUUCCCGCUAGCAAUGACACUAUUAGAAAACAUAAUGGAGUUGUUCUCUGUAUUACUGGAAAACUGUUCUGGAUAAAUAACAGACACUACUGAUGACUAAAAAAUGAGAGGACAGACAAUUCUUACAUGCCUUGGAUUUCUGCUGCUGAUCUCACAAGUUAUCUCCCUUUCUCAAUCAAAGGGAGAGCAGUGUGAAAGAUGUUGUAGAGGAGACCCAGGGCCCUCUGGAAUACAUGGACAACAUGGGUUGCCAGGAGCAACAGGAGCUGAGGGAAGAAAAGGGGACAGAGGUGAAAAGGGAUAUCAAGGAGACAAAGGUGAGCAUGGUCCUAUAGGAGAGACAGGUCCAAAGGGUUCAAGAGGCAAGAAAGGUCACAAAGGACAAUGUGGAACAACAGGCAAAGAUGGUGAUAAGGGGCAGCAAGGACCUAUGGGUCCUUUUGGACCAAAAGGAGACAAAGGAACUAAAGGAGAGAAGUGUGUCCCAACACCUAGGGUUGCUUUCUUUGUAACCAGAAAGUCAAAAUUUGGUCCAGUACAUCAAGAUACCACAAUAGAAUUCGAUAAAGUGUUUCUAAAUCAUGGUGAAGCUUUUGAUGAACUCACAUCACAUUUUGUAUGCAAAAUCAAUGGGACAUACCUCUUUAACGCUCAUGUACUAAGUCAAGACGAGACCGAUGCUUUUGUCAUGAUAAUGUUAAAUGAUGAGCCACGUGUUCCAAUGCACGGCGACCAUCGUUCGGGAUUUGGUGUAGCCAGUAACACGAUUAUACUGCACCUUACAACAGGUGAUCAUGUAUGGCUGAGACUGAAGGAAGGUUCGGCUAUUUCAAAUGACUCAUCCACCUUCUCCGGGUAUCUACUAUAUGCUGAUUAGUGACACGUAUUCAUUUCCUGCUUCAUACUUAGCUUAUAAUCAAACAAGAUGUGUUUAUCCAAGUACAUCAUUCGUAACUAGACUGACAAUAUUCUUGUAGUGCACAGCAGCCUUACAACAUUUUGACUGCACAAGAGCCAAACAGAUAGAAUGAAAAUCUAAUCAAGAGAUUGCAGACAAGAAUUCCGAGGGAAGUGCAUGUUUUCUAGGGUGAUGCACUUACAAUAUGUCUAAGGUCAUUAGUGCUAUGGAGUAGUCAGUCACUAGCGGAAAGUAAAUAUCUUCAUGUCUCUUUUAUUCCCCCAAGUAUUCAACUGGAUGAAGUAUUAUGAACAUCUUGUUACUUUGUAAAUAUGUUUUAUGUACACUGGUUGUGAUAUAUUGUUGUAACUGUUCUAAUAUUGGAUUCAUAUAUAUUUACUGUCUAUCGUAUCGUAUGUAUGGUUCAAUACAAUUAAUUACAGCAUUAGUUACAGAAAGCGAGACCAUUAACUUCAGGAACUCUGACAGCGAACCCUGAAAUAUUCUAAUGCUCUACAAGUUCACCAUAAGAGGCUGUUUGUACUUAUUUUUUCUCACUUGUAUAAUUCAGACCAGUACUGUUAACAUCCCGAUGCUACAAACACUAUAUUAUAAAACUUGGAAAAAUUUUAAGAUUGAGCUGUAUUUUUGUAUAUAUUUACUUACGGUAUAUUUUGUCAGUAUUGUGAUGUGAUCAACUUUACCAUGUAGUAUUAAUGUUGCUGCAUUAUUAUGUGUACUGAGCUUCAAAAUGAACAGACAUGCAAAGAUAUCAUAGGGGUUAAACAUUAAAUAUACUGAGUAAGAAUUUCUCCACAAACAAUGUUGAUGUUGUUACAUCUGACAAUGGAAGUGUGACUAAAAAUCUGGGCAUAAUGCUGUGUCCUGGUUCAGCAAGUAGUUCUGGUCCAAUUUUCUUUCUCAGGCUGUGAGGGUUAAAUUACUGAUAAUCACUAAACACACGAAAACUACAAUAAACAUGUUUAAUAUCACAUUUCUGUCCAUACUUAGGAAAAUGUUAACAUUUGUCUUCAGCUUGAUAGGAUCCCUUUAAAUUUCCUUUUACAAAAAUGAUUUAUAUUUUUCUUGAUUAAAAAACAGAUAGAAUUUCAUAGUUUGAAAAUUAGCCGGAACUAAAUUAUCUUAUGGAGAAAUGGAGAAACAAAUACUGUCCACACAGGAUACUGUACAGACAACAAUCUAUGACAUAUAUAACAUCAUCUACGUAAAAGUAAUGGGCUUUUCUAGUGCUACAGAUAUUAAGUGAAAUCUUAUAUAUUCACGUCCUUGUAAUGGCUUCAAAACAAUUAAUUACUGAAAUCAAUAAUGUUGGAAUUAACAGAGAUUUCUACAAUAUUUAUAUAAUCUGUAUAUAUUUUUGUAUCAUAGCCUAGGGGCUUUUCAGUAUAAAACUUUCAAAGGUUAAAUCGUAUACCAAAAUAUCAUACGAUUUCAAACAAGUUUAACUAAAGAGGCGUGGUUUCAGUUUUCAAUGGAAUAGAGUGCGGUAACUAACAGUGCGGGUAUCAGAUACCUGCACUCUAGUUAUUGCACAGCUUCACUGACAAAGACUGAAAAGGCUGAAAAUAAUGAAAUACUUUUAUUCAACACAUCAAGGAACAUGGGAAUGAAAUAUCAAAAUCCAUUUAGACUUUCUAUUAUAGAAAAUUCAAUAGCAAGAUUCGCCACAACAGUAAAUUAAAAUUUCUUUUUAAUUUCCGUGAACCUGCCACAAAGAAAUUUUGCUCCUAACUCUUAUCAAAUUUCCUGGUAACUCCUACCAACCAAUUCUGCUGGUAUCUCCCUAUCAUAGAAUUUGGCCGAAUACCUCCUACCCCUAUCUAAGAGUUUUGCUGAUAUCCCUCUACCAAAGAAUUUUGUUGAUAUCCCAUUAAAGAAUUUUACUGAUAUCUCCCUGUCAAAAAAUUUGAUAAUAUCCUUCUUCCAAAGAAUUUUGCUGAUAUCCCCCAUCAGAGAAUUUGCUAAUAACCCCCUAUGAAAGAAUUUUGCUGAUAUCCCCCGUCAGAGAAUUUGCUAAUAACCCCCUAUCAAAGAAUUUUGCUGAUAUCCCUUAAAUUUCUACCCACAAAGCGUUGUUCAGUAUCUGCAACAUUAACUAUGUUUACGUUACAAUGCAUGUUUACAUUAUAAUGCAAAACUAUUACUGUUCAUUGGUGACUAAUUUUUCUGUCUUAAGUGGCUGUUUCAACCCACAAUAUUAAACUUCUUCCAAAAAAUAAAAUUUCCAACAAUCAAUAUCAACAAAUUUCAUGUCCCAAUGAAAAAGCUGUUACAGCUGAAAGCACAAAACUUUAUACCAAUGUAAUUAAAUGACUUCUCAGUAAAUCUUUGAUCUAAAAUAAUUCAUAAAAUAGUCUGUUGUACUUAAAGUGGGAGUUUCUGUGUAGAAUAACAUUGUCUAUGUUAGGAAGGAAGGAACUUUUAUGUCAUAAAACUGUACAUAUCAAGGAGUUGUCAAUAGUUUGGUGAAAUAAAAAUGUCAAAAUCAAAGUUGGCUGCUUUCAUUAUUUGUAUUAAACCCUUCAUCAUAAAACCAAGAGAUCCCUAGACUACCAUAAAUACACUCUAACAAGAGUUUCAAACUGUGACAUAUAUACCCAUCACUUACUUUUGACUCUUAAAAUACUCUACUUGCUCAGCAGACUAACUGUCAAUUUUGAUUAAU